CGCCGCGGAGGAGGAGGCGGCGCCGGGCGCGGAGGCCGCCAGCUAGGCCACGGGCCUGCGCCCCGGCGCGGAUGGGACGCCCAUUUCGGUGCAGCAGCCACUUGCGACCCCAAGUUCCUCUGCUCCCUUGGAAGCGCAAAAAAUAAAAGAUGACGGAGGGCCGUCGAUGUCAAGUACAUCUUCUCGAUGACAGAAAGCUGGAACUCCUAGUACAGCCCAAGCUUUUGGCCAAGGAGCUUCUCGACCUUGUGGCGUCUCACUUCAACCUGAAGGAGAAGGAAUACUUUGGGAUAGCAUUCACAGAUGAGACGGGACAUCUGAACUGGCUUCAGCUGGACCGGCGAGUAUUGGAGCAUGAUUUCCCCAAGAAGUCAGGACCUGUGGUUUUGUACUUUUGUGUCAGGUUCUACAUAGAAAGCAUCUCCUACCUGAAGGACAACGCUACCAUUGAGCUCUUCUUCCUGAAUGCCAAGUCAUGCAUCUACAAGGAGCUGAUUGAUGUUGACAGUGAGGUGGUAUUUGAAUUAGCUUCCUAUAUUUUACAGGAAGCAAAAGGAGAUUUUUCUAGCAAUGAGGUGGUGAGAAGUGACCUGAAGAAGCUUCCAGCCCUUCCCACCCAAGCCCUGAAGGAGCACCCCUCCCUGGCCUACUGUGAAGACAGAGUAAUUGAGCACUACAAGAAACUGAAUGGCCAGACAAGAGGUCAAGCAAUCGUGAACUACAUGAGCAUCGUGGAGUCUCUCCCAACCUACGGGGUUCAUUACUAUGCAGUGAAGGACAAGCAGGGGAUACCAUGGUGGCUGGGCCUGAGCUACAAGGGAAUCUUCCAGUAUGACUAUCAUGAUAAAGUGAAGCCGAGGAAGAUAUUCCAAUGGAGACAGUUGGAAAACCUGUAUUUCAGAGAAAAGAAGUUUUCCGUGGAAGUCCAUGACCCCCGCAGGGCUUCGGUGACAAGGAGGACUUUCGGGCACAGUGGCAUUGCAGUGCACACAUGGUAUGCGUGUCCAGCAUUGAUCAAGUCCAUUUGGGCUAUGGCGAUCAGCCAACACCAGUUCUAUCUGGACAGAAAGCAGAGUAAGUCCAAGAUCCAUGCGGCACGGAGCCUGAGCGAGAUAGCCAUCGACCUGACGGAGACUGGGACACUGAAGACCUCGAAACUGGCUAAUAUGGGAAGCAAGGGCAAGCUCAUUGGUGGCAGCAGCGGGAGCCUGCUGUCCUCAGGUUCUCAGGAAUCGGACAGCUCUCAGUCGGCCAAAAAAGACAUGCUGGCCGCCUUGAAAUCCAGGCAGGAAGCUCUGGAGGAAACGCUACGCCAGAGGCUAGAGGAACUGAAGAGGCUCUGUCUCCGGGAAGCGGAGCUCACUGGCAAGCUGCCUGUUGAAUAUCCCCUGGACCCAGGGGAGGAGCCGCCUAUUGUUCGGAGAAGAAUAGGGACAGCCUUCAAGCUGGAUGAACAGAAAAUCCUACCCAAAGGAGAGGAAGCUGAGCUGGAGCGCCUGGAACGGGAGUUUGCCAUUCAGUCCCAGAUCACCGAGGCUGCUCGCCGCCUGGCUAGUGACCCCAAUGUCAGCAAAAAACUGAAGAAACAAAGAAAAACCUCUUAUCUGAAUGCACUGAAGAAGCUACAGGAGAUUGAAAAUGCGAUCAAUGAGAACCGCAUCAAGUCUGGGAAGAAACCCACCCAGAGGGCUUCACUGGUCAUCGACGAUGGAAAUGUUGCCAGUGAAGACAGCUCCCUCUCUGAUGCCCUUGUUCUCGAAGAUGAAGACUCUCAGGUUACCAGCACAAUAUCCCCCUUACAGUCUCCGCACAAGGGACUCCCUCCUCGGCCACCAUCGCACAACAGGCCUCCUCCUCCAUCCCUGGAGGGACUUAGGCAGAUGCACUAUCACCGCAUCGACUAUGACAAGUCACCCAUAAAGCCCAAAAUGUGGAGUGAGUCCUCUUUAGAUGAGCCUUAUGAGAAGGUCAAGAAGCGUUCCUCGCACAGUCAUUCCAGUAGUCACAAGCGCUUCCCCAGCACGGGAAGCUGUGCUGAAGCAGGAGGAGGAAGCAGCUCUUUGCAGAACAGCCCCAUCCGUGGCCUCCCGCACUGGAACUCCCAGUCCAGCAUGCCAUCCACGCCAGACCUGCGUGUCCGGAGUCCCCACUAUGUCCAUUCCACCAGGUCAGUGGACAUCAGCCCCACGCGACUGCACAGCCUCGCACUGCACUUUAGGCACCGGAGCUCCAGCUUGGAGUCCCAGGGCAAGCUGCUGGGCUCGGAAAACGACACGGGGAGCCCCGACUUCUACACCCCGCGGACUCGUAGCAGCAAUGGCUCGGACCCCAUGGACGACUGCUCGUCGUGCACCAGCCACUCGAGCUCGGAGCACUACUACCCGGCGCAGAUGAACGCCAACUACUCAACGCUGGCCGAGGACUCGCCAUCCAAGGCGCGCCAGCGGCAGCGACAGCGACAGCGGGCGGCGGGCGCGCUGGGCUCGGCCAGCUCCGGCAGCAUGCCCAACCUGGCUGCGCGCGGGGGCGCGGGCACGGGCGCGGGCGCGGGCGCGGGGGGCGGCGUGUACCUGCACAGCCAGAGCCAGCCCAGCUCGCAGUAUCGCAUCAAGGAGUACCCGCUGUACAUCGAGGGCAGCGCCACGCCCGUGGUGGUGCGCAGCCUGGAGAGUGACCAGGAGGGCCACUACAGCGUCAAGGCGCAGUUCAAGACCUCCAACUCCUACACGGCCGGCGGGCUGUUCAAGGAGAGCUGGCGCGGCGGCAGCGACGAGGGCGACGCGGGCCGCCUGACGCCGUCGCGCUCGCAGAUCCUGCGGACUCCGUCGCUGGGUCGCGAGGGCGCCCACGACAAGGGCCCGGGCCGCGCCGCCGUCUCCGAUGAGCUGCGCCAGUGGUACCAGCGCUCCACCGCCUCGCACAAGGAGCACAGCCGCCUGUCGCACACCAGCUCCACCUCCUCGGACAGCGGCUCGCAGUACAGCACCUCCUCCCAGAGCACCUUCGUGGCGCACAGCAGGGUCACCAGGAUGCCCCAGAUGUGCAAGGCCACGUCAGCUGCCUUACCUCAAAGCCAGAGAAGCUCAACACCAUCAAGUGAAAUUGGAGCCACCCCCCCAAGCAGCCCCCACCACAUCCCGACCUGGCAAACUGGGAGCUACAAUGACAGCUGCUUCCUGGAUUCCUCCCUCUAUCCAGAACUAGCUGAUGUCCAGUGGUACGGGCAGGAAAAAGCCAAGCCCGGGACCCUCGUGUGAGCCAGCCCGGCCUGAUCUGACCGCCUCGAUGCCAUUCUGAGUCACCUCACUGCCUCUCAUUUGCCUUACCCAGACGCAAUGUCACCUGCACCAGCUUCGGCCCUCAGCACUUUUUUUCUUCUGUCUCCACCUUCCCCUUCACCCUCAAAAACCUGACUGAGGAGACAUUCUGGAAGGUUCCGGUCCCACUGUGUGUCCCCUGGCUCUCUGUCCCACAGAGAGCCAAGCAGCAAUCCUCAAUGGCACCCUGGUGGCUUUCCUCUGCCAUACAGCCCCAGGCCAGGAACUGUCAGAGAAGCCAGCAUGCAUGAAAUCCCUGCGGACAAGUAGCAUUGGCAGAGAAUGAAAAAAUCACAUGCAGAAAGUCUGCAAAGCUGUGUCCAGCCUGCCUCCCACAGGCCACCCAAGCACUUCAAAAGGAGGGUGCCUCACAGGGACUUUCAGCUUUCCUUUAAAAUCUUCCAAAGCGAAAGAGCCUAGGGGAGCGGUCGUGAAGAGAGUGAGAAAGGAAGCCUCAGAAGAGAGAUGCGUCAGAGGGGCACCAUCAGUUCUAUGCUGCCAAAGAUUAAACACAUGCAAAAAUAACACAUACACACACACAAACAUGGGCCAGAGGAAGACAUUCACUCUACAACAAACCUUCACUUAAAUUCUAAACUUCUUCUUCACACCACAUGUGAAAGCCAACCAUUUGGAAAUCAUCCUCUCUUGAUCUGUCUCCCCUAGGAGUUCACUUCUCCUUCCUACAGAGCCCAGAAAACUAACCCAGCAGGACAGGGAGCCUUGGCUGACUCUGCUGACAGAACCUCCAUCCAUCUGGACACAAAAGAAAGAGACCCUCGGG